ACAACAAUACGGUUAAUGAUUCAACCACAUCCGUAGCUCCCUAGCAACAUACAACCAAAACAUUGGAGCUCUUUGGACCAUUACGUGUGUGUAUAGACAUCAGUGUUUUAAACACGCUGUCUGCGUAUAAAGUUACUCCAUUUCGUACUGACGCUGUUAGUCAGCUAGCUGGUUAAAAUAGCCUAGCACUAGGCUAGUCGAUAAUGCGAAUUAGCUAACGUAUCAGGACAUGAACUCACUAAAUGACUCCCACCCUGCUAAAGAAGAAGCGCAUGGCCUGAACAUUGUCGUGAUAGAGGAAGAGGAGGAAAAAGAAGCGUUCGGGAUGAAAGAAGAGGAGAAGGCACAUAUCACAUUGAAAGAAGAAGAUGAUAAUGUCACGGUAGAACAAGGUUCUGGAGUAAAUGAGGCGAUGUAUGUUACAAUGACAGAAGUGGAGAUAGAAGAGGACUCCGUUUUUAGAGUGAAGGAGGAGAUGUCUGUCACAGUGAAAGGAGAGGAAGAAGGUUUCAGGGUGAAAGAGGAGGAGAAGGACAUGACUGUUACAGUGAAAGGAGAGGAAGAAGGUUUCAGGGUGAAAGAGGAGGAGAAGGACAUGACUGUCACAGUGAAAGGAGAGGAAGAAGGUUUCAGGGUGAAAGAGGAUGUUUUAGUGAAGGAAGAAGAGGACAUUUUUGGUGUGAAAGAGGAGGAAGAAGCUUUGAGAGUGAAAGAUGAGGGGGAUGAUGAUGAAGAGGAGGGGGAGACUGGAGAUCUGAUUAACACCAAAGAGAGACCAGACUCUCACUCCGAUGGCAGGAAGAGUCCUUCGGGUGAACCAGAUCCAGAGACGCCCAAACCAGCAAGACCACACCACUGCUCCCAGUGUGGAAAGAGUUUUACCCGGUUAUGGGACCGGAAAAUACAUGAGAGAAUACACUCUGGAGUGAAGCCUUACCACUGCUCAGACUGUGGAAAGAGAUUUACCCAGCUAGGGCACCUGAAAGAACAUAAGAGAACACACACUGGUGAGAAGCCCUACCAAUGCCCCCAGUGCGGAAAGAGUUUUAACCAGUUAGGGGCCCUGAAAACGCAUGAGAGAAUACACACAGGAGAAAAGCCCUACCAAUGCUCCCAAUGUGAAAAGAGAUUUACCCAGUCAGGUACCCUGAAAGAGCAUGAAUUAAAACACACAAAGACACAGGAGAAGAUAUACCACUGCUCUCAUUGCGGAAAGACAUUUUCCCAGUCAGAGGACCUGAAAUCACAUGAGAGAAUAGCGAGGCUGUGUUCCGACUUAUGUUUUUGACUGAGAAUUUGUGUCUUUGUUCAUGCUAGACGCUGUUCAUCACAUUUGCCGCCUGCCACCAGCCUAAAACCGCCUGCUUUUUUUCCUAGCCACCGUGUUUCUACACCUGCAUUGCUUGCUGUUUGGGUUUUUAGGCUGGGUUUCUGUACAGCACUUUGAGAUAUUAGCUGAUGUACGAAAGGCUAUAUAAAUGAUUUGAUUUGAUUUGCUGACUGAUAAUAGAAGAACGCUCGUGGACCUUGUUCCCGUUGGGACGUAGACAGUUUUCUGAAGACAAAUGAAUGUCAGUCAAAAGUAUUUUAUAGUUCUUUCAGAGGAGGCGGUAACUGUCAGUGUACUUGACCUCUGAUUUGUCGAGCUUUGGGUCAGUCAUUCCCACUUCAGUCCAUGUGUGAAAGAAGGUGUGGUUGGUUGCAUUUUACAAAGCCCCUAAUCUAUUUUCCACUAAUUGGUCUUAUGACCAAUCAGAGCUGAUCUAUGUGGUCAAAAUAAUCAAAAUCUGUGGAUUUUUUAUUUUUUAUAUAAUUCUAUGUAAACGCAGCCAUUGAGUAAGAUUCUGUUCAUAAAUAAUUAUAUCCAUAAACUUUCUGUACCUUCUUUGUGCAGUCAUAAAACCCAUUUCAAUGUUCAUGUAAUUUCCUUGGGAUUCCAUAGGCAGCAUAUUUAACAUGGUAAUAACCUCAUAUUUAUCAUUGCUGGGGAGUAUCUGAAAUUCAUUACACAGAACAUAGUGAAAGGCAUUAACUACACAAUCAUUCAUUUGGUACAUUCGAUAUCUGAAAUACUCUGUCACUCUGUGUGUCCUUUGGUAAAAUAUGAUUUAUCAGAUUAUUGGUUAAUUAGCAGUCUGGUGGUCCCUUGGGCUUGUAAGUAAGCAUUUCACUGUAAGGUCUACUACACCUGUUGUAUUCGGCAUUUCACUGUAAGGUUUACACCUGUUGUAUUCGGCAUUUCACUGUAAGGUUUACACCUGUUGUAUUCGGCAUUUCACUGUAAGGUUUACACCUGUUGUAUUCGGCGCAUGUGACAAAUAAGAUUUGAUUUGAGUAAAUCCAGGACCUCUGCAACAUCGCAUGUGACAAAUACGAUUUGUUUUGAGUAAAUCCAGGACCUCUGCAACGUCUCUUUGUUGUGCAAACGUUUAAGAUUAACAUAAAAAAAUGUUUUAUUUUGUUUUGACUGUGAUACAAAAAAAUGUUUUAUUUUGUUUUGACUGUGAUACAAGUAUAAACUCUGACCUUUAAUAACACAGAACACAUGAUCUGAUGAUCUGACGAUCGCUCUCCCAAAGCGUCUUACUACAGUAAAGCUAUCAAUUCUUCCACGCUAGUGGGGACACUUCAGGCUGAAAAGUGAGUUUCACACAUUCCCCAUGUGAAAAAGAACAUGUCAUGGAAAUGUAUAGAAAAGUUAUUUGGUUGAUUUAUGAUUAGAGAGAAAAGAAAUAUAGAAUUACAUACACACAAAAAGCUUAUUUCUCUCACAUUUUGUGCACAAAUUUUGUUUACAUCCCUGUUAGUGAGCAUUUUUUCCUUUGCCAAGAUAAUCCAUCCACCUGCCAAGUGUGCCAUAUCAAGAAGCUGAUUAAACUGGUGCAGCUUGUGCUGGGGACAAUACAGGGCCACUCUAAAAUGUGCAGUUUUGUCACACAACACAAUGCCACAGAUGUCUCAAGUUUUGAGGGAGCACGCAAUUGGCAUGCGGACUGCAGGAAUGUCCACCAGAGCUGUUGCCAGAUAAUUGAAUGUUCAUUUUUCUACCAUAAGCCGCCUCCAAUGUUGUUUUAGAGAAUUUGUCCGAAUGUCCAACUGGCCAAACAACCGCAGACCACGUGCCAGCCCAGGACCUCCACAUCCGGCUUCGUCACCUGCGGGAUCGUCUGAGACCAGCCACCUGGACAGCUGAUGAAACUGAGGAGUAUUUCUGUCUGUAAGAAAGCCCUUUUGUGGGGAAAAACUCAUUCCGAUUGGCUGGGCCUGGCUGGGCCUCCCUGUCCACCCAUGCCCAUAGAUUAGGCCCUAAUAAAUGUAU